CAGCCCCUGAGCCCUCAUAUUUUUUGCAUCCAGUGAAUUAUACAGCUGGUCCUGCCUAUACUUUCAUAAUGAAGACAUCUUCUAUGUGAAGAGAACUGAGGUUCAGGGGCAGGGACUGACACAGGGACACAGGGGAGGAGCCACUGGCUGGGGGGAUGGAAGGAAAAGGUCUCCUGCCCAUCUUCCCAUACUACCUUUCCCACCCAGCCCUUCUGGCGUAGAAAGAUCCAGGCACUCUGCCCCUCUUUGAGUUCAGGGGCCAGGUGUUUAUGAGAGACUGGGUAAGGCCCUGAGUCUCAGUGUCUGUCUGGGUGAACAGUUCUCUCUAGGUGAUUCAGUUCAUUCUAGGGUGACUUCACGGGGCUAAGGGACAUGGGUGGAGUUGGGGACCAAGGAAGCUAUGAACUGUGAUACUCAGGAAUGAGAUGCCUGAGCUUUGACUUAUCCCCUGCCUCUUGCUCUGAGACCCAGUGAGACUGAUGUCAUCUUACCUGGGCUGAACGGGUAGACAUGAGUGCCCAAACACCUGUAGCCCACAAGCUGUGUAGAAUCCUGUGUGAGAUAUGUGGGUGUGUAAGAUUGUGUGUACAUGUGGCCCAGGAAUUUGGAACAGUGGUUCUGCUACCUGCCUCGCAAGCGCAAGGGCCCAAGUUCGAUCCCUGGUACCCCCCCCAAAAAAAAGCAAGAUUGUGUGUGUGUGUGCAUAUGUGUUGUGAGGGAGCGGGAAGCAAAUUGAGUACAGAGGAGAAAGUAUCUGGUUGAUCUGGUUGUAGCUACUGCUUAAUUCCACUUACAUUCACUGGGCAUAGUGUUGCAUGCCUGUAAUCCUAGCACUCUACAGGCGGAGGCAGGAGGAUCACCAAGAGUUAGAGGCAGCUUGAACCGCAUAUGGAGGCCCUGUCCCCCCCCAAAAAAAAAAAUCCAUGUAUAUUGCAGAUCUAGAGGAGAACAGACCCUGGGAGAUGUGGGGUCCUUAAAAUGCUUUCAGACUAGUGAACAAGACAAUCACAAAUACAUAUAGUUUGUCUCUUAGUGUUUGCUCUUUACUUCUAUGGAGAAAGUCUCAGUGUGAAACAAUGGGGUUAUAGUUGGCAAAAGGGAUGUGAACUACAAACACAUCCUGGCUGAUGCCACAUCAGACCUUGGGAUUUGGGAGGUAUUUGGGUUGUGGCUGCAAGUGAAAUUAACUUUAAUGUUCCAAAUAACUCACCUGCAGAUGCCUGGAAUUCCACUGGGGUCUUGCUCUAGGAUUAAGCAUUAUUCCUAUGUUCCUGAGACCCUGUUUAAAAUUCAGCAGUAGUGGUAGGGAUCGUUCAUUGUUCAUGGAAUUGAUAACAGGACAAGUCCUGUGCCAAAAGAUGGGGCUGCCCAAGGACCCUGCGCUCCAAGGGAUUCUCCAGAUGGGUACUACAAGCAGAGCCCCCCUCUGCUGCUGACUCAUUUUAGCUGUGCAGAAGGGGUAGCCAAAGGGAGAGAAGUAGAGAAGUGGGUGCGAUCAAAACCCCACCUCAGAAUCCCAGCCAGCCUCAGUCUGGUAGCUGAAAAGCUAGAAGCUCCACUCAGCUCACACGAGGACCUCUGCAGGGCCUGGGGUGUCAGCCCGUCCCUCCUUUGAACCUCCUGGGACGGUCAUACCUUUCCUCAGUGACAGCUCUGUGGCUGCCCACAAGACUUGACAAGAACUUUGAAUAUCGUAAAGCACAUCCGACCCACGACGGCCAUCCUUCAGUGAGCCUAUCACCUCUCCUAGCCAGCGGCCACAUUUGGCACUCUGUGCUCAGGCGAAGAAUGUGGAGCUCAGCCACCCAAGAGGCCUCUGGAGUGAGGCAAAGCAAGUUCCCAGUGGCCACGGGAGUAUUGCCCCAGGCGUGACCAGGCUGCCCAACUGGUCCACAUGUGCAAGAAUCUGCAGGCUUCCUUCCGUGCUUCCUUCCUCUCAGUCCCUCCCUCAUCACCCUACCUGGGGGCAGGUAAUAAAGCAGGAGGAGGGAGAUGGAUGGAUGGGGAGGGCGGAGAGCCACGUGGUGCUAUAAAGCCCAGCUAGAGAGGGCCGUGCAGUGUCCCGCCUACAAGAGCAACCGGCUCGGGGUGGACUUGCAGCAGAAGCACUGGGCCCAGGAAUAAGACCAUGUAUCGGGGAGCACCGGGGCUAGGUCUUAGAGGCCUGAAGGGAGUGGAGGGCUCGGUGGGGGACUUAGGGGGCUCUCGCUCAGAGGCUGCGAGGGAUUUUGGGGUACUGAGGGAGAGCGGCGCCCCCCGCGGGCUGGGCGAGGCAGAGGAGACAGCUGGCAGAAAGUGCGCCCGGCCCCUGCGCUGUGCCUCAUGCUCUGCGCACCUGAACCUGGGUAGGCCCCGGGUGACGGCCGAGGUGCCGGGUUUGUCCCAGGCUUCCUCAGAAAGCUGGCGCCGAUGUCCCGGGUCGCUCUCAGCUGGACCACUUCCCUGGCCGCGGGGCUACCUGCGAACCAGCUCUGGGCUGGGUUACCAGCACUCCUGACCCGGCCCUCACGAACAGGCUGACUUGGCUGGAGGAUUACCAAAGGAAGACUGCAGAAAGCCUCUUGCAAAGAACAAAACAGAAUGGGCUGCGACCCUACCGAGAGAGGAGGCUGCUGUGGCUACGGGAAGGGACUCUGGGGACUGCAGCCACACCUCCACGUCCCUGUGUUGGUUGGCACCUAUGAGAAAGGAGAAGGAUCUUGCUUGGCUUUUCAAGUUUGGACAUAUUGGACUCUUUUUGGGAAACGGCCUUGCAUUCCUGUGCCUCUGAGUUCUGCUUUUUGUAGCUUCUUUUGGACCGGGAGCUUGUGCGGGAGUGUAGGUGGGCACCUGCUGUGGCCUGAUGGCAGUGUGGGGGCCCCUUCCUCUGCCUGUGCUGCUAUCCCAAAUCUCAUCUGGGAGAGGUGCGCAGA